UGCGUCCAGGUCGUUCCUGUGUCGUGUUCGGCCUGCCGGCGGAGCCUGGUGACCCGGGCCCCGCCCUGAGAGUCACCGUUCCCUUCCGUGCGCUGGGCCCCCGGCCUUACCGCGGCUCAGCCGGCUCUGCCGGAGCUGCCGGCCAGGGCCUUAUCGCAGCCUCCUACAGUACGAGGCCGUUUUGUCCCGGUCAGGAUCGACGGCCCCUGAGGGGUGUGUACUCAUUUCUGGGCCGUGCGUGCACACACGAUUCUGUUUUUUCUUGUGAGCACUUGGAAUGGAUAAAAGUGGCAGCUUUUGUUACUUCCCAUGAGGUUGUGUAUCUGGAAUGAGAACCAUGAAAUUAAUCUAGAGUAGGACAUUUCUACAGACAUGGAAUGGCACUGGGUGGCACCAGGAGGACUUGAAAGGAAUAUUUGAGGGCGCAGAGCUAUAGAAGAGUUUGCUAACAGAAGUACUUAUGGGAAACAAGUAAUCAGAAUCACCAAUAGAGAAACCUUUAAAAUUUCUUCAAGCAAUGGAAGAAUUGAGUCUUAGGUCAAAUUAAGUAAAAUCUAUAAUGAAGAGAAAUCAGAUAAAGUCUCAAAUAUAAAAAGUAUGUUACUUAACACUAAGUGUAAAUUUAGGAAAACAAUCAUAAGGACAGAUCUUUUUAAUACUUUUUUAACUACUGUAAAAUUUUUAUAGAACUUUUGGACUCAUCUCUAAGAAUUGCCAUGAUUCUGAAACUUUGAUAAUAUCCCAAAUAUGGAACAGUUCAGUGGAAAAUAACACUUGAGAAUAUACCAGAUGUACACAAGGAAGAAGAUUUGAGAGUGGAAAAGUGCCAGUAACAAAUACAUUAUUUAUAUACUUACAGAUUACCUUGGUAAACAUAUGAAACACUCAAGUUAAAGCUUAGUCUUUGAGAAUGCUCUAUUGAAUGCAGUAAAAGUUGGAUUUCAUUCAUAUGGACAACAGAACCUACUAACUUUCUUCUUCACCGAAAGAUACAACUGUUCCCAAAUUCCAACUCUCUAGACAUCCCACUGUCAGGGUAGCUUGGAGUAUUUAUCCAGGUGAAUGGACUGCUGCCCAGUGAACACUACAUGCAGAGCAAUAUGAGCACCAUUUUCCUUUCUGGCAGUGAGUAUGAAUAAGAGAGGGAAAUAUACGACACUGAAUUUGGAGGAGAAAAUGAAGGUUCUAAGUAGGAUUGAAGCGGGACGAUCUCUUAAAAGUGUAAUGGAUGAAUUUGGAAUCAGUAAAUCAACAUUUUAUGACAUUAAAAAGAACAAGAAAUUGAUUUUGGACUUUGUACUGAAGCAGGACAUGCCAUUAGUAGGGGCCGAGAAGAGAAAGAGAACAACAGGAGCCAAAUAUGGUGAUGUGGAUGAUGCAGUCUACAUGUGGUACCAACAGAAACGCUCAGCUGGUGUCCCUGUGAGAGGCGUGGAGCUUCAGGCUGCUGCCGAGAGAUUUGCACAGUGUUUUGGGCGAACAGACUUCAAAGCUAGCACUGGUUGGCUUUUUAGAUUUCGAAAUAGGCAUGCAAUUGGGAACCGAAAAGUAUGUGGGGAACAAGUCCUACGUUCAGCUUCAGAAAAUGUUGAGCCGUUUCGACAAAAACUGUCCAUGCUUAUCAAAGAGGAGAAACUGUGUCUUGCUCAGCUGUACAGUGGGGAUGAGACUGACCUCUUUUGGAAGUCAAUGCCAGAAAAUACUCAGGCAAGCAGAAAAGAUAUCUGCCUGCCAGGUAGGAAAAUAAACAAAGAACAGUUGUCUGCUCUUUUAUGUGCAAAUGCAGAUGGUACUCAUAAGUUAAAGUCAAUCAUUAUUGGAAAAUCAAAGCUGCCCAGAAGUGUAAAAGAGGACACAUGCACAUUACCUGUGAUAUACAAACCUAGUAAAGAUGUUUGGUUCACCAGAGAAUCGUUUUCAGAAUGGUUUUUUCAAAACUUUGUUCCUGAGGUCAAGCACUUUCAAGUUAAUGUUCUAAGAUUCCAUGAGGAGGAUGUCAGGGCCUUGUUACUUCUGGACAAUUCUCCAGUUCACCCUUCCACUGAAUCACUAACCAGUGAGGAUGGUCGAAUAAAAUGCAUGUUCUUUCCCCAUGACACUUCAACCUUGAUUCAACCAAUGAAUCAGGGUGUGAUCUUGAGCUGCAAACGACUUUAUAGGUGGAAGCAACUUGAGGAGAGUCUUGUAAUUUUUGAAGAAAGUGAUGAUGAGCAAGAUAAAGGAGAAAAAGGAGUUUCCAAGAUUAAAAUCUACAACAUAAAAAGUGCAAUUUUUAACUGGGCAAAGAGUUGGGAUGAAGUAAAACAAAUAACCAUAGCAAAUGCAUGGGAAAAUCUUCUUUACAAAAAGGAACCUGAAUAUGAUCUUCAAGGCUUAGAAGAUGGGGAUUAUAGAGAAAUUCUUGAGAAAUGUGGGGAGUUGGAAACCAAGCUGGAUGACGAUAGGGUGUGGUUAAAUGGGGAUGAAGAAAAGGGCAGCCCCCCGAAAAUAAAAGGUGGAAUUACAAAGGAAGUUGUUCAGAAAGCGGGAGCUGAGGAGCAGACUGCUGAAUUUAAGUUAUCUGCUGUAAGAAAGAGUUUGGACUACCUUCUUGACUUUGUUGAUGCAACACCUGAGUUUCAAAGGUUCCAUUUUACACUGAAAGAGAUGCAACAAGAAAUAAUCAAGAAGCAGUUCCAGAGUAGAAUCCAUUCUAGAAUUGGUAGCUUUUUGAAACGUAGGCCUCAUAAUAUUAAGGAUUCCUUCAAUAUGCCUUCAACUUCUGGUUGUAGUAAUUAGAUAUUGUGUUUAAAGAUUUCUGCAGUUAUGUAAUGAUACAUGAAUUAGACUUGUUGUGAACUAUCAUUGUUUUUAUCAACUGACCUCACUUUGCACAGCAAUGCCCAUUUAUAUUGUUUAUAAAAUACACGAUUUGAAAGUAAUAAAUUUGGGGCUUUUUGAUGUAUAAAUAUGUUCAUUAAUCUAUAUUUUUUUCUAUUUUAGACAAGGACUUGAAUAAUGAGGAACUAUUGUCCCAGAUUAUCUAAGGUGGAAUGGAUGUGGGGAAAGCAUUAAAGUCUAAAUGUAUUUACAGCAUAUAACAAAGAAGCUGUAUAUAUGCUGACUAGUUAUUUAAGAAGAUAAGGGCAGACUUGGUUUUCAGUUUAAUGGUAUGACAUACUCUGCUCUUGUAAAUGAGUUACCACCUGUUUAGUGUUUGUUUUCUUCUUAUUGUGGAAGUGACAUAUGCUGAUUAUAAAAAAGAUAUAUAAGAAAGAUAAAAAGCACCCAAAUUCUGUCAACUGAUGAUA